AAACAGUCCGCUCAUAUGACGGUUCAUAGAGCAGUCAGUUUAACACAACUAACCGUACAGAACGGUCCCACAAUAGUCAAUGCAACGCAAAAACUCAUAGAAAUGGAACGUUGGCAGAAUCGUGUUGCUGUAGUCACUGGCGCCAGUUCGGGCAUUGGCGCGGCUAUUGUGAAAUAUCUCGCUAAUAACGGUAUGGUGACUGUUGGUUUGGCGCGACGCAAAGAACGUAUCGAAGCCCUGCGCGAUGAAGUGAGAGACAAGGCAAAGCAACGCAUACACGCGAUUAAUUGCGAUAUACGGAAUGAAGCUGAUGUGAUAGCCGCCUUCAAAGAGAUCGAAAGCAAGUAUGGACCGGUGGCGGUGCUGGUAAACAAUGCCGGCGUUUUGCGUUAUGGCGAUAUGUUGAAAGAAGGCAACUCACAAGAUAUACGCGAUGUGAUCGAUACAAAUGUGUUUGGUGUUGUGUGGAGCACUCGUGAGGCUUUCCGUUCGAUGAAGGCUCAGGGUGCUGAUGGUCAUGUCUUCCUCAUCAAUAGUAUUGCUGGGCAUAUGAUACCGCAUGUACCGAAUGUUUCUUUAAAUAUUUAUCCGCCUUCAAAGCAUGCGGUCACCGCCAUGACGGAGAUCUACCGCCAGGAGCUUCUUAAUAAUAACACUAAAAUUAAGAUUACCAGCAUUAGUCCGGGCGCAGUGAAAACUGAGAUUAUGGGCGAAGAUCCACCCGAAAUACCAGAUAUGGUAUUAUUGGCCUCCGAAGAUAUCGCUGAUGCAUUGAUCUAUUGUCUACAGACGCCACCGCAUGUGCAGAUUCACGAAUUAAUCAUAAAACCAGUCGGUGAAAAAUUCUAAGAUUGCCGGUGUUUAAACAGCAAUUCAGUUCUUAUACUUAUGUUUGUUAAAAAUUAAAAUAUUUAAUAAUAAAACGAAGCUAAAGUUCAUUAGAAAUCA